GACCCGCCCCCGCCGCCCGCCGGCAGCCCUUCGUCCCCGUCGCGACAGCCGCCGGUCCCCGCUCGUCCCCGUCGAGGUAACGGCAGCUCCGACCGCCGGCGGUACUCCCGCUGAAUCGGAAGGAUGCAUCCGUACCUUGUGCGUUCUGCCGUCGCCCUCCUUCGCCGACCGACCCCGCAAGGGUCGGCCUUCCUCCGCCGCUCCAUCGCCUCCGGUGGUGCUCCGAGGGUCGAAGAGACAAAGGGGGUCUGCAUGGUCUCCGUGCAGGAUUUUGAGGAGAUUGUUGCAAGCUUGGAGCAGGUGAAUAAACAAAUGGAAUUUCUGCUGGAGCAUGAGAGACGCUUAGAGCGCAGCGAGCAGCGGCAAAGGAAGCUGGCGUGUGUCCUUGUCCCUGCCACCAUUGCGUUCUACAUCUUUGGGCCAGAGAAGAAGGGCAAGCCGUCGUUGGAGGGGCAAUCAGAAAUCUAGCCUCCAUGUGCAUGUGCUGUAGCUUCGUCUACUAAACUAUGUUAUGUAGCCUUUUAGAGCCGUGAAUCUAACUGUCUGGUGAUAGUGGUCUGUCUUGAGCGUGUGCACAAUGUGCUGAGGAGUAGUCAGGUGGCUGUGCUUACUCGCAGCCAUGGAAACUUGGGGUGCCUCUUGAACUAGUAGCUUGGCUAGUGGUAUCUCGACAAGGAGAGUUCUGUUUUGCGCUAUGGAAGAUCUCGUUAAGUCAGUGCGGUUUUGCUGGAUCAUGCUGUUUCCUCCUAUGUGGAGUAGUAACAUUUGGAAGACGAUGA